AUGGGCUCAAAGAAGAAAGCAAAGAAAAAUGCCGAUUUCAAGAAGGUGAAAUUGAAAGUUGGCAAGAAACUUAGGAAGACAGCCACUACUGAUACCACGAUUUCAGCGAAGAAAGUCGUACUAAUACAACAGCUCCAGGAAAAAUCCGAAAGUUCUGGGAAGCCACUUUCGUUUCGUGGUCUAUCUUUGGAGGAGUUGUGUAGACAACUUGGCCACUUUAACAAAAGCGUUCGAAGGGAUGCUUUGUUAGGCACCAAGCAGUUGUUAACUUCACGUCCUGACUUGAUUGAAACCCAUCUGCGGACGUUGAUUCCUUCAAUAGCUCGUUUGGUUUCUGAUUGUGGCCACGAUCCUGCACUAAACGGACAACUUCGAUCUCUUCUACGGGUCAUAUGUUCUGUUUCUUCUCACGCAAUGUCAGCUCAUUUCACCUUAUUUGUGGCACACCUUCUGCAUGCUUUAACACAUAAUGAAACAGGUGUUCGAAACUUCUCUCUUUCUAUCAUAGCGUUGCUGUUAACAAAUUACCCUGACCUCUGCAGUACUAACGUUGAUAUGUUCAAUUCUUUUGUCAAGUUUUUGAGCAGUUCUCGUAGGCCGGCGUGGAAUUCGGCACGUUUCCUGGAAACUAUUGUAUUGUUUCUUAAGGCAUAUAUCGUGGACAGGUCGACUCGAAAAAAGUGGUGUGAAGAUGCUCAACUUGACUUCUCCUCAUCGAAAAUAUCAAGCAGUAUUAAUCUUGUGGAAAUAUUUGUCAAGUCAAAUCCAUUCGACUUUCCUGUGAUCUCCCCGUCUGCGACUGCAACGGUCUCACCUAUGGAACUUCCAGAUUCGUUUCUCAGUGUAUGUGAAGCUUGUGCGCCCAUACUAGCUACAAGUUUAUCCGAAGAUAAAGCCGGAACCUACCUUGCUCCUACCACGUCAAUUUUAACUCUUCUUGGGAGAGCUACGAGCAACCUACCCAGCUCUUUACUCGUUGACGACUUUAUUCCUCGAAUGGCUAAGAUAUGGGCACCUGUGAGGAAGUUCAUAACCAUGACUAUGCCUCCCACCGAUUUUGACCAAUGCCGGAGUGGGUGGCCGAUUCAGCCAGGUUGUUCUCGAUUGAUUGGAUUUGGCGUCUACACUGGAUUGGCUAUCCUUAACCUUAUUGUGACGUGCAUGCCUAGAGGCAUCCAUUAUCAAAGAGUUGGUAAUCUCCCGAUCUCAUUCUUUAUCGCCGUGAUCUGCAAAUUUUUGCUCAUUGGUGUUUCGAUUUCGUUCAUUUUCUACUCUUUCUACGUUCAUAAAUACACUCAUACACUCAUGGCUUUUUCUAUUGCAAGAGUGGCAUUCUGGGUUAUCAAUUUGUCUUCUUUUAUUAAAUGGCGUGAUUUACCCUAUCUUCCUGGUUCUUUGGCCUUAGCGUAUUCAAUAGCUGUUUGUUUUGAUCUCCUUCCAAUGUUUGCGUGGAACGAGUAUUUUACCUCCAGGACAUACAAAAAUGGAGAAUUCGUUUUUUAUUUGAUGGAUUUAGCUCCUACUAUGACGGUUUUUGUUUUAACUAUGUGUUUGUCGACGCUUCGAAGCGAAUCUCAGUCGACUUGGUCAAAUUUCUCUCGGAAGAUCUCUUUAAUUCUCCCUUAUAUAUGGCCAAAGAAGAGUAUUUCGCUGCAAAUUCGUGUUGCUCUUUGUCUUUUUCUCUUAUUAUUCGGCCGACUCAUUAAUGUUGCUCUACCUUUGUACAGCAAAUGGAUAGUCGAUGGAUUGGCACACCCGGAAACUUUUCAGUACUCCCUUAUUUAUAUAUCCACUCUUUUAAAAUUUCUUCAAGGAAAUGGAGCUAUGGGUGGUUUUUUAAACACUUUACGGUCUUAUCUUUGGAUUCCCAUACAGCAAUACACUACCCGAGAGCUGGAGGUAGAGCUGUUCGCACAUUUGCAUUCUUUGUCACUUAGAUGGCAUUUAUCACGAAAAACUGGUCUCGUACUGCGUGUCAUGGACAGAGGUACCAGUUCGGUGAAUAGCAUCCUAAACUAUAUCCUGUUCAACAUCGUGCCAACAAUAACUGAUAUCGCUAUUGCUGUUGUAUUCUUCUUUUCGACGUUCAACUUUUAUUUCGGAGGAAUAGUGUUCGUGACAAUGGUCCUGUAUUUAGUUGUAACCAUCUACGUUACGGAAUGGCGAACUAAAUUCCGUCGGGAUAUGAACGAAAAAGAGAACGCAAGCAGUGCGAUUGCCACCGACUCUCUACUGAACUAUGAAACAGUGAAGUACUACGGAAAUGAGACGUAUGAAGUAGACAGAUUCCGACAUGCUAUAGAAUGCUUCCAGCUGGCUGAAUGGCGUUCUAAUGCCUCUCUAGCGUUACUGAAUUUCCUCCAGAACGGACUGAUUGGACUCGGCAUGACUGCUGGUUCUGUGUUGGUUGCGUAUUUGAUUACAGUGGACCACCAGCUUACUGUGGGAGACUACGUUCUCUUUACUACUUACAUGCUUCAAUUGUAUGCUCCAUUGAACUUUUUUGGGACAGUGUACAGAACUAUUCAAAAGUCAUUUAUCGACAUGGAGAACAUGUUUGAUCUCAUGAAUGAGGAAGUGGACGUUCGUGACAGUCCUCAUGCUAUCGAGUACCAUCCCACGGAGGGUAAGAUCUCCGUGAAUAAUCUGGUCUUUUCCUACAACGAGAACCGCGUUGUACUAGAUGGAAUUUCGUUUGAAGUCGGAAGUGGACAAUCUGUAGCAUUGGUUGGUCCAUCUGGCAGUGGAAAAAGCACUUUGGUUAGGUUACUGUUCCGGUUAUUUGAAUGUCCUGAGGGAAGCAUUUUGUACGAUGGAACGGAUGUACGAAAAUUGAAGUUGAAAUCGUUGCGAAAACAAAUAGGAAUUGUUCCACAGGACACAGUGCUGUUCAAUGACACUAUAAAGUAUAACAUACGAUUUGGUCGUCCUACUGCUACGGAUGAGGAGAUCUACGAAGCAGCGAAAGCAGCCAUGAUCCACGAUAAAAUUCUCAGUCUUCCUGAAGGUUACGAUACUCUUGUUGGGGAACGAGGAUUAAAACUAUCAGGUGGAGAAAAGCAGCGAGUCGCUAUAGCACGAACUAUACUGAAGAAGCCACAGUUUAUUUUCCUAGACGAGGCCACCUCUGCACUUGACACCAAUACUGAGCGGGCAAUCCAGCGAUGUCUCGAAGAACUUUGUUCUACACGAACAGGUGUCGUUGUGGCACAUCGUCUUAGCACCGUCGUUAACGUCGACUGUAUUUUGGUACUUGACAAGGGUCGAAUUAUAGAGCGAGGACGACAUUCCGACUUGAUCGCUGCUAAAGGCGUUUACUAUCAAAUGUGGGAAAGUCAAAAUUCAUCUGAGAAUAGUGGUAAUGGGUCACCGUAA